AUGAACGAAUCAAAUCUCCUUGGAUUUUCUUUCGGAAAGUCGUCGUCAUCUUCAACAACGGAUGAGGAAGUCUUUCGCACUGAUGAUUUCUUUGAGGUAACGAUUGAGAGAGGAGAGCAUUUGGUUGCUGCUGAUUUAAAUGGGUUUUCUGAUCCUUAUGUUAAGGUAUCCCUUAAUGGUCAUUAUACUCGGAAAACUCAGGUGAGAAAGAAAACAUUAAAUCCAUUAUGGAAUGAAGUGGUUAGAUUCUACAGACUCGAUAGCAAUCAUGUCUUGAAUUUGAAGUUUGAAGUUUUCGAUUGGGACAGAUUCACGAGUGAUGUAAAUAUUCUUCCCGAUCAGGAGUACAGCCUUAGUUUGCCUCUUCGGGACGUCAAAAGUGGUACCAUUUAUAUCAAGUACAAGUGGAUUCGGGAUAAAUCCAAUGAAGAAGUGAUCUACUCUCAGUUACCCUCGAUUCCAGGCCUUAAAUAUGACAUGAAGUUUGGAACCUCUUUCAUUCCAUGCGUGCCUGACGAGUAUUAUGCCAUUACCACAAACAAGGACACAGUGGAAAUGAUCUUUACGGAAGUGUUUCAUGGUAAUAUUGCAAAAGACGAAGUCACUGUCAUGUAUCACCGAAUGGAUGGGCCAUUCGACAAAGUAUCCGAAUCUUUUCUUUCACAUUAUCUCAAGCAUUAUCAAAUGGAUCAAGAAAAGCAAGGAAGCUUUAAGAUGCUAGUCAAAUCAGUGGACUACUCCUCGACCUAUGAUGGAGAAGGUAAAUUCAAAAAGACACUCCAAACUGCCUUCCAAACCACAUCAAAAGGAAAGCAAGCAAACAUUCUCAUUCUGACCUGCAACUUUGAGGAGAAGGUGAUGUUGAACUUUAUUUGCAAGACGAGAGAAGACUCAAUCUAUUACACUCACUACGCCUUGCUUCAAGGAAUAGCCACACACAGCAUCAUUUCUUGUUGA